CACUUGAAGAUUCAAUAAAUAAGUAUCCAUUUCAUCGGAUUUCUACUCAGUACGAUUCCUACCGGAAGCCACAGACAAAGGCGCCAUAAGGGGUCGACGGGUCGGUCAAAUCGUUAAUUUUCCGGUGAAAAUACCUGUGUGAAUUGUGAUCGUUACCCUUCUUUUUUUUGGCAUCGUUCUUCGUACGCGUGUGAAAGUGAAUGAGAGUCCUAACAUUUUCAUAUCUCCUGAUCUGUGAAAGAACAAAAAUGUUUCAAUUGAAUGGCAGCAGACAUACUCGUACAGUGCUCUUUCCGCUUCUGCUGAUAGUGCUGGCAGCGUCCUCGUGGAGCACAGUAGCAGCAUCAGAAGCUAAACUUGUUACGGUUGAAGAAGCCAGAUUAAAUGGGGUCGUAGAUACCGCAUCAUCACCGCCGGUGCGCAUUGUAGGGGGAUCUGCCGCUAGUGCCAACCAGUUUCCCUACCAGGUGGCUCUUCUCCGCCAGGGAUCGUUCUCCUGUGGCGGUUCUCUAAUCACGAACAAGUGGGUUCUCACGGCGGCGCAUUGUGUUAUAAGUGGAAAUCAAGUAGUGCAACCAUCACUGAUGGCAGUGCUAGCCGGAACAGUUUACCUUAACAGCGGUGGCGUCCGUCGCAGCGUUCACAGGAUUAUCUCCCACGAGAGGUACGGAAACUUUCGAAACGAUAUAGCAGUAAUGGAAUUGCAGCAAGCAUACCAAAUGGGUAGUUCAAUUUCUACGAUUGCUCUGCGGAGGACGGCGGUUCCCAGCGGCAGCACUGUAACAAUAUCCGGCUGGGGUCGACUGUACACCAACGGACCACUUCCAAGCGUGCUGCAGUACAACCGGGCAACAACUCUGUCUGGCCUUGGCUGUGCUCGGGAAACUGGAAUUAACGCUGGACUACUUUGCUUGAAGUCCUCAGUCAAUAAUGGUGCUUGCAAUGGUGACUCUGGCGGCCCAGCAGUUUACAACAAUCAGCUGGUGGGUGUGGCCAACUUCGUCGUCAAUGGAUGUGGAUCAUCACGUUCGGAUGGUUACGCACUGGUUUCUGAUUUUGUUCAAUGGAUUGAAUCGAGGAUCAAUUAAAUCGAAAAUGAGCUUGAUGCUGCAUAACAAACAGCUGUAGAAGACGAACAACGGAAUGCGAGAAAUAUUCUAACAGGCGUUGUUCAUUGUGUGUUUGCUCAAUAAAAUAUCCUUCUAUGCAACAUGAA